ACAUGGUUACUCCAUGACAAAUUAUUUAUGUGUUCCAAAACAUUUUACUGUGGCUAAAAGGUUAAACCGUAAUUGAGCUGUGUGUAAAUUAGACAAUUACUCGAUCGGAUGGUUUAUUUACAUAAUACUAGACUAUUAGGUGGAGAUUGAACGCGAAGUUUACGUGGAGAGAAUUUGUCAUUUGCACUUUGUACGGAGUAUUCGAUGUCUCGCUGUUCAAGUUCCAUCGAUAAGCUUUUAUCAUUUCGGCGCGCAUAGUUCGAUAAUCUUAACGAGCACAACUUAAGGCUUAAUCGUACUACCUGCUACAUAAAUAAUAUACAAUAAUUACAAGCAUAAACUGCAAUAUCAACAACAAUGGCUGUACAAAGUAAACUCAUGGAGGCGGCCAUCAACGUCAGUUGUAAGGAUUAUCUUCAUCCUUGGACUGAAAGCUGCGUUGCCGGCUCAGCUGGAAUUUUGCUCAGCUCCAUUCCCUAUACCCUGCGCACCUAUGCCGCAGUUUAUCUGUUCUCGCUGGUCAUGAGAAUGCGUAUUCCAACGCUUCUGGACCUCAAACGCACAGUCUAUGGAAUUUUAAAGUCAACAGCUUUCCUAACAACAAAUGCCUAUGGAUUUAGCUUGUGUGUUUGUCUUCUUCGCCUGUUGCUGGGUCGCUUCUACUUCAGCACUGUUGCCUAUUUUCCCACCUUUAUAGCCAGCAUUAUUUCACUGACGAUCGAACGUCCAGCACGUCGCACUCCUCUGGCACUUUAUGUGGCAAAUGUCUCCACGGAAUCACUGUGGAAGAUGCUCGAAGCACGCGGCAUUGUCCGCUCCAUUCCCAAUGGACAGGUUUUAGUCCUGGGCUGCAGUAUAACUGCUUUGCUAUACAUGUAUCGACUUGGUGUUCAUAAGACCAAGGUCAAGGAUGCCACCUUUAGGGCGUUGCAACUGCUCAUUGGCAAGGAUGAGCAGGGACCAAUUCAAGAGCCCACAGAGACUACAAACAACCAGAGCUCAAGACCUCUGAACUUUUCCAGCAUUUCCGCUUAUGUACAGAUCUAUGAUAAGCUGCGAAAGAGCAAACACCAGAGCUGUCCCCAUCGUCAAGGAUGCGCACCUUAUGCUUUGAUGGGAGGUCUGAAGCCCUUCAUCGGUGGAGUUGGCGUACAAGUGGGUCUUAAGCUGCUUUUAAACAUUCCCAAGAUAGUCAAAAUGAAACUGGAUUGGCGAACACAAAUAUUCAACAAAAACAACUUGAAUCUGGGAUUGGCUUUGGGAAGCUUCUCACUCGCAUACAAGUUAAUAUCUUGUGGCCUUCGUCACGUCUGCGGCUAUGACAGCGCCUUCUUUUCCAUUCCUGCUGGACUUUUGGGCUCAAUUGGACUGCUUCAUUUCCCCAACAUCACCAUUGCCUUAUAUGUGAUGUGGAAGGCGUUGCAGCUACUCUACAAUUGGGGCCGUGAGGAGGGAGUAUUGCCAACAGUGCCCUACUUUAUCAUGAUAUUUUACUCAGCCUGCACGGCGUUACUUUUCCAUUGCGCUAUUCUGGAACCCCAAUCGCUUCGAAGCAGUUACUACAAGUUCCUCAUGGAUAUAUCCGGAAAUAGAGUAUGUCGCUUCAAUGUGAGUCAGUUUGAUGGCUUUGGACACGGGACGCAGGAUCAAGUGAAUGAAGUUGUGAAAAGACUCAAAAUAGAUCUAAGUCGAGUGCUGCCAAAGUUUCCCUUAGUUGUGUAAACGAAUUUACUUUAAUAUUAAUGAAUAUGGUGUGGAACAGUAAAAGAUAGUUAGUGCAAUCAUUUGACAGCAGAAAACAAAAAUUGUAACAGACAGAAAAGUUCAAAUUAAAUGGUUGUGCAUGCCCCAAAGUGGCCAUAAAGGCGUUUUAUGUACGACUCCAGAAAGUGGGUGAACAUUCAUCACAGUGGCAAAACGACAACGCACAUCCAGAGCUCAUUCUGUUGCCCCUCGAAUCCUCCUCCCAUCAUCAUCGUCAUCAUCCUGCAUAAAUGCAAAUGGAAUGGCAGACAAUGGCGCCGAGCCUAGGCGCUACUCAAUUAUUUACAUUUAUAUGUCAUAGAAAUUUAUUGCCCGACAUAAUUCACUCCGGCUGGCCGAAAGUGCAG